AUAGAUGCAUUCGGCGGCCUUGAUGUGUUUUCCACAAAGCCUUUCUUUUUUCCCGUCCACUUUUGGAAUCUGAAAUUGCUGUUAGACGCUGAUAGUCUUUGCAAUUUCUCAGCUGUGCUUCCUGAAAACUCAUAGGAGUCUUUCUGAAAACUCUUGAUUCAUGAAUUUUCUGUGUUUUUCUGUUGUCAGUAUUACACUGUAGCCCUUAUUUUGACAUGUAUUGGUGAUGGACUGAGAUAUGAAACAAUAUCAGUUUAGGUUUUAUGAAGUACAACUAAAACCUGCCUUUUUAGUCAAUGCUUUUAUAAUGUUUGAGGGAAAAUAGAGAAAGGUUUAUUUGAUUUGAUAUUUUUUUUAAUGUUUUGUACAAGUUUGAAGAAAAUUGUUAUUUUUUAUGUUUUCAUUUCUUAUGUGAUUGCAUAUUCAACUAAAGUUUAUUACAAGACCUUUUUCAGUUGUUGGUUAAUCUCAAGAUUUAUAUCCAGACAUUUAAACAGUAUUUCAUGCAAAAUUCUAUUUUUUCUUCAUGACUUUAUUUGUAGUCACAAUAAUGACUUUCUACCUUGUUCAUAAUCAGAUUUUCUAGAAGAGCAUUGCAACUUGUUAAUAUUUAGAAUCUAGCCAAUGAAGUUGGUAAAAAUUCCCAAAUGCGUUUUAAACGAUGAAAUGGUUAUUAAUGCUUACUGAACUUUUUUUUUUUAACAUUGAAUUUUGAAUAUUUUGCGUUAUUGGUAUUUUAAAACAUGUUACAAAAAGUGCACUGUAACACUUGUUGUAGUAAAUGAUUUUUAUUUUUUUAUUAUUUUUUUGUUGUUGUUCUUUUAUCGUUAUUGUUAGGUUUUUAAGUUUCAAAGGGAAAUAAACUUUUAUUUUGAAAGUUAAAACAAUCCUUAACCGGAAGCACGCUUUUGCUAAGCUGCUGGGCGCGAAUAAAUUGGUCAAAAUUCUGGCGUAUGAAUGAUGUAAAUAUUGUUUUUCUGUGAUAUGUUAGGAAUGAGUGUGAGAACGAUAUAUCGUCUUUUCUCGAGCUCUUCUCUUCACCGUUUGUCGAGUAAACACAUGAGUCGAAGCGAUCAAAUAAAGAGGGUCUCGAUCGAAGGAAACAUUGUUCCAGUGUGAAGUGUGAUUGAUGAGUCUCGUGUCUCCAGCGGUCGGGAAGUCCACAUUCGCCCGGCUGCUAGAGAAUGCGGAACAGGACUGGGAAGUGAUAGCAGAACCCGUCAGUAAAUGGCAAAAUGUGGACCAAACGAACCAGACAGAACAUCAUCCUCAGCAGUCGAGCAGUAACCUGUUACAGAUGAUGUAUCAUGACCCCAAACGCUGGUCCUACACCUUCCAGACCUUCUCCUGCAUGAGCCGCAUGCGCACACAGCUGCAGCCACUUCCUGUCAGAGCGUCGGCAGCGGUGCGGGUGUACGAGCGCUCCGUCUACAGUGACAGGUACAUCUUUGCUCUGAACAUGUUUGAGCUGGGCUGUAUGAACUCCACCGAGUGGGCCGUGUAUCAGGACUGGCACUCCUUUCUCGUGGAGCAGUUCGGCCGCCGGAUUCAGCUGGAAGGCAUCAUAUAUCUCCGAGCGUCUCCACAGACGUGUAUGGAGAGGUUAGGCAGACGAGGUCGAGUGGAGGAACAGGGAAUUCAGCUCGACUACCUGGAGAAACUGCACACGCGACAUGAAGACUGGCUCAUCGACAAGAAGACCAGGGUUCAUUUUGAGCACCUGGCGACGGUGCCGGUGUUGGUUCUGGAUGCUGAAGUGGAGUUUGAGAAGGACCCGAAAGUGCAGGACAAUCUCUUAACAAAGGUUAGACAUUUUUUCAGUGCAUUAUAAACGGCAUCGUGGGACCGAAGCGCAAGGAUUGUUUUGUAUGGACCGUUUCUGUAGGACCUUGAACGUCCACUGAGGAUCUCGGAGUGUCGGACCAAACCACAGAUCUGAAUGUUCUUUGCUGCAGAAGAAGGUUUUCUCAGCGUUCAGUGGAGAUGAAAGCCGAUUCACUGCAGUAAUAUGUCAAGAUGUUUUGAAAACUGUACUGUGACAUGUAUAAACUAUAAAUGUUAUGUUUAUAACAUUCACUUUAAGAUCUAACUGAUAAGUGGGUGAUUUCUUGUAAUGUUUUUUAUCCUUAACUUAUUUCAAUAAACCUGCACACCUAAACAUGAAGGAAAA